GAAGAGCUAGACACAAAGGACUUUCUCAGAUCCAUGAUCACAAGGAUAUGUUACCUCUGAGACCUACAGCAAAAGGAGUUAGAGCAGAAGAUGUGAAGGGAAUCUUACCCCUGAUGAUCCUAAUGGUGAUCAUUUUCCUGCUGCUUCUGUUCUGGGAGAACGAGCUGAAUGAGGAAGGAGAGGUCUUAACCAUGGAGCAAUUGCAUGUGGACUACCCUCAGAGUGACAUUCCCGUAAGGUAUUGCAACCAUAUGGUCUUACAAAGAGUCAUCAGGGGACCUGACAACACCUGCAAGAAGGAGCAUGUUUUCAUCCACGAGAGGCCUCGAAAUAUCAAUAGGGUCUGCACCUCUUCCAAGAAGAGGAUUUGUCAGAACCAUUCUUCCAUUUUAUGUUUCCAGAGUAUGACCAAGUUCAAAAUGACAGUGUGUCAGCUCAUUGGAGGCACCAGAUAUCCUGCCUGCAGGUACCAAGUGUCCUCCAUGAAGGGGUUCAUUGUUGUCACUUGUGAUGAUAUGGGGCCAGUUAGUCUCCAGAAAUAUGUUGAAUAAGUUGAGACCAGUGUCUGAGAUCCUCUCUUUCCUCUCUCAGGGGUACUCGCUCUCCCUGAGGCACACCUGAACUGUGGACCUAGGAUAAUGCCUUGAGCGAACUGGGUGGCCACUAGUAAUUCGUUUAUCCUUCCAAUAUUGCUGAGCUGGAAUCUUUUUAUUCUGCUUUAA